CCCCGCCCCUCGCUCUAUAUAAAGUGAGCCCGGUGAGGGCGGCUGCUGUUGCGGUGCUGCCCAGACACGUUGCCCGUCUGUCCCGGCGCUCCUAACCAUGCGCGAGUGCAUCUCGGUCCACGUGGGGCAGGCCGGCGUGCAGAUCGGCAAUGCGUGCUGGGAGCUGUACUGCCUGGAGCACGGCAUCCAGCCCGACGGCAACAUGCCCAGCGACAAGACCGUCGGCGGGGGGGACGACUCCUUCAACACCUUCUUCAGCGAGACGGGCGCGGGCAAGCACGUGCCCCGGGCCGUGUUCGUGGACCUGGAGCCUGCAGUCAUCGAUGAAGUUAGGAAUGGGACAUACCGGCAGCUCUUUCAUCCUGAGCAGCUGAUAUCUGGUAAAGAAGAUGCUGCAAAUAACUAUGCUCGAGGUCACUACACAGUUGGGAAAGAGAUAAUUGAUCUAGUUCUGGAGCGUAUCAGGAAGCUGUCAGAUCAGUGCACUGGCUUGCAGGGCUUCCUGAUUUUCCACAGCUUUGGGGGAGGGACUGGAUCCGGUUUCACCUCUCUGCUGAUGGAGCGCCUCUCGGUCGACUAUGGGAAGAAAUCCAAGCUGGAAUUCGCCAUCUACCCUGCGCCCCAGGUCUCAACAGCUGUGGUGGAGCCCUACAACUCCAUCCUGACCACCCACACCACGCUGGAGCACUCUGACUGUGCCUUCAUGGUUGACAAUGAGGCCAUUUAUGACAUUUGCCGUAGGAACCUGGACAUUGAACGCCCGACCUACACCAACCUCAAUCGCCUCAUUGGUCAGAUAGUGUCCUCCAUUACUGCUUCCCUUAGGUUCGAUGGUGCCCUAAACGUGGAUCUUACCGAGUUCCAGACUAACCUGGUGCCUUACCCCCGUAUCCACUUCCCGCUGGUGACGUACUCCCCCAUCAUCUCUGCAGAGAAGGCUUACCACGAGCAGCUCUCUGUGGCAGAGAUCACCAACGCCUGCUUCGAGCCCUCCAACCAGAUGGUGAAGUGCGACCCGCGGCACGGCAAGUACAUGGCGUGCUGCAUGCUGUACCGCGGGGACGUGGUGCCCAAGGACGUCAACGCCGCCAUCGCCGCCAUCAAGACCAAGCGCACCAUCCAGUUCGUGGACUGGUGUCCUACUGGGUUUAAGGUUGGCAUCAAUUACCAGCCCCCCACAGUGGUUCCUGGGGGUGACCUGGCCAAAGUCCAGCGGGCAGUCUGCAUGCUGAGCAAUACCACGGCCAUUGCCGAGGCCUGGGCUCGCCUGGACCACAAGUUUGACCUGAUGUAUGCCAAACGUGCCUUUGUUCACUGGUAUGUUGGAGAAGGGAUGGAGGAGGGGGAGUUCUCAGAGGCUCGGGAAGAUUUGGCUGCACUUGAGAAAGAUUAUGAAGAAGUGGGCACAGACUCGGUGGAUGGAGAAGAUGAAGGUGAAGAAUAUUAAAUCCAACAGUGAAUUGCAAGUCUGCCAUUUUACUGCCUCUUUAGUAGCAAUGUAAAUCAUGUCAACUGAUUGGAAUAAAUUUCUUUAAUCAAGAACUUUGGUAGUGUCCAAACACUAUGUACACUCAUCAACUACAUGCAGUCAGCAGUCCAAGAGAUGGAAUUCCUUUGAGGAAGGUACCUGAAUAAAAUAACCAUGCUAUAGUUCAAUCA